GUGGCGAGUUUCAGGAUUAUAUCGAGCAAGCCAAGACCUAAAGAGAAAGACGGAUUUUUUUCUUUAUUUUCUUUUUUUCCCUGCGCGUGACGAGCUGCUUUUCUUUUUCUUUCUUUUUUUUUUCUUUUUUUUUUACUAGCCGACCCCCCCUCCCCCCGCCCCAUGAGGUAAGACUGUCUUAUAAUCUGCUAAUGCUCUGGGCGCCUGGUGGGGAUCGGACUCAGAUCCUCAGAGCCUGAAUCGCAGCCCGUGUAUGUGCGUGUGCCUGUGUGCGUGCGUGCGUGUGUGUAUGUAUGUGCGUGCGUGUGUGUUGUCACUGGAGAGUUGAUUUCUCUUCCAAGCAGCCCCGUCCGCCUGCCGUGCAAGGGACGCGCAGCGGGCCGGAGAGGUUUGUCGGACUGGUCCAAACUGGCAUUGCUGGAGGCUUAGGGGGAGGGGCACGAGGACUUGGAGGCCCCCUCCACUGUGCACACCCCCCCCCGAAAAAAAAAAAGCGAAAGGAGGGGGCAAGUAAAAGUUUCUUGCCAGGCAGAGCCGGCUCCGCGCUCUCCCCGCACAUUCUCAGAGGGAACGCGGGCUGCUGGCUGCUCGGGCACGGCGUCUCCAGCCAGCGCGAAAGCCGAGCCGAGGCCGAAAGAACCGGCCGCGGGCUCGGCCGCCCCCUUCCGCCCGCCCGCCCCGGAGCCGACGCUGGGACCGUCGGGGUCGCGCGGCGCCGGCAAGGCGAGGAGCGGACCAGCGGGCAUUCGCCCGCGCUCGAGGAAGGGGCGCAGAGCCGCCGCCGAGACCCCAGCAGCUCACCGCGGACGCCCGCUACCUGUCAGUGCGCCCCUGGCUCGGACAGCCCCCGGCAGCGCCUGGGGUCGGGGGCUCAGGGUACUCGCUACCUCCACCUCCCGCCCCGGCUGCAGCCCGGAGGGCAGCCGCUUCCCACCCUCCUUCUCCCCCUGCUGGCCGAGCGCGCCGCGGGCGGGCUCUGCGGCCCGGAGCUGCCCACCGCCCACCCCCACCGCCCACCCGGCGCCCCGGUUUCUCCCGCUGGCCACUCUCCCCCGCAACUUUCCGUGCUUUGUUCUACGGCUGGAAAUGAUUUACGGAAGCGUUUUGGACAGGGUCUCCGCCAGGAGGCGAGAGCCCAGCGCUGAGAUGUGUUACGUUCUCAUCUACCCAUCAAUUAUGGAUGGAAACAAAUAAGGAAGAGUCAAUUUUGCAUGAGCCCCUUCUCCGGCGGCGAGAGGCGUCCUGCAGCCGGGAGGGAGCCGCCGCUCGCGCCCGCAGCCGCUGGCUGGGGAUGGUGAGGAGGAAGGUAGCUAAGUGGGAUUUCUGAGGAGGGGCUGCUCUGACUUCAUCUUGGCCCACCAUGAGGUUCUUCCUGCUUUGUGCCUACAUGCUGCUCCUGAUGAUUUCCCAGCUGAGGGCAGUCAGCUUUCCUGAAGAUGAUGAACCCCUCAAUACAGUUGAUUAUCACUAUUCAAGGCAAUAUCCGGUUUUUAGAGGACGCCCUUCAGGCAAUGAAUCCCAGCACAGGCUGGACUUUCAGCUGAUGUUGAAAAUUCGAGACACACUUUAUAUUGCUGGCAGGGAUCAAGUUUAUACAGUAAACUUGAAUGAAAUCCCCAAAACAGAAGUAAUACCGAGCAAGAAACUGACAUGGCGGUCAAGACAACAGGACCGAGAAAACUGUGCUAUGAAAGGCAAACAUAAAGAUGAAUGCCACAACUUUAUUAAAGUAUUUGUUCCAAGAAACGAUGAGAUGGUUUUUGUAUGUGGUACCAAUGCAUUUAAUCCCAUGUGUAGAUACUAUAGGUUGAAUACCUUAGAGUAUGACGGGGAGGAAAUUAGUGGCCUGGCAAGAUGCCCAUUUGAUGCCAGACAAACCAAUGUUGCCCUUUUUGCUGAUGGGAAGCUGUAUUCUGCCACAGUGGCUGACUUCUUGGCCAGCGAUGCUGUUAUUUAUCGAAGCAUGGGUGAUGGAUCUGCCCUUCGUACAAUAAAAUAUGAUUCCAAAUGGAUAAAAGAGCCACAUUUUCUUCAUGCCAUAGAAUAUGGAAACUUUGUCUAUUUCUUCUUUCGAGAAAUUGCUGUGGAACAUAAUAAUUUAGGCAAGGCUGUGUAUUCCCGUGUGGCCCGCAUCUGUAAAAAUGACAUGGGUGGCUCCCAGCGGGUCCUGGAGAAACACUGGACUUCAUUUCUGAAGGCUCGGCUUAACUGCUCUGUCCCCGGAGAUUCGUUUUUCUACUUUGAUGUUCUGCAGUCUAUUACAGACAUCAUACAAAUCAAUGGCAUCCCCACUGUGGUCGGGGUGUUCACCACACAGCUCAACAGCAUUCCUGGGUCUGCAGUGUGUGCAUUUAGCAUGGAUGACAUUGAAAAAGUAUUCAAAGGACGGUUUAAAGAACAGAAAACCCCAGAUUCUGUGUGGACAGCAGUCCCCGAAGACAAAGUACCGAAGCCAAGGCCUGGCUGUUGUGCAAAGCAUGGCCUUGCCGAAGCUUAUAAAACCUCCAUCGAUUUCCCUGAUGAAACCCUGUCGUUCAUCAAAUCCCACCCGCUAAUGGACUCUGCCGUCCCACCCAUUGCCGACGAGCCCUGGUUCACAAAGACCCGGAUCAGGUACAGACUGACGGCCAUCGCCGUCGACCACACUGCUGGGCCCCACCAGAACUACACAGUCAUCUUUGUUGGCUCUGAAGCUGGCGUGGUGCUUAAAGUUUUGGCAAAGACCAGCCCUUUCUCUUUGAAUGACAGUGUAUUGCUGGAAGAGAUUGAAGCAUACAACCAUGCAAAGUGUAAUGCUGAGAAUGAGGAGGACAGAAAGGUCAUCUCAUUACAGUUGGAUAAAGACCAUCACGCUGUGUACGUGGCAUUCUCCAGCUGCGUUAUUCGCCUCCCCCUCAGUCGCUGUGAGCGUUACGGAUCCUGUAAAAAGUCUUGUGUUGCAUCUCGGGACCCGUACUGUGGCUGGUUAAGCCAGGGCACCUGUGGCAGAGUGACCCCAGGGAUGCUGCUGUUAACCGAAGACUUCUUUGCUUUCCAUAACCACAGCGCUGGAGGAUAUGAACAAGACACAGAAUACGGCAACACGGCCCACCUAGGGGACUGCCAUGAAAUUUUGCCUACUUCAACUACACCAGAUUACAAAAUAUUUGGCGGUCCAACAUCUGACAUGGAGGUAUCUUCAUCAUCUGUUACCACAAUGGCAAGUAUCCCAGAAAUUACACCUAAAGUGAUUGAUACCUGGAGACCUAAACUGACGAGCUCCCGGAAAUUUGUAGUUCAAGAUGACCCAAACACUUCUGAUUUUACUGAUCCUUUAUCAGGUAUCCCAAAGGGUGUGCGAUGGGAGGUCCAGUCGGGAGAGUCCAACCAGAUGGUCCACAUGAAUGUCCUCAUCACCUGUGUCUUUGCCGCUUUUGUUUUGGGUGCGUUCAUUGCAGGUGUGGCAGUAUACUGCUAUCGUGACCUGUUUGUUCGGAAAAACAGAAAGAUUCAUAAAGAUGCAGAAUCUGCCCAGUCGUGCACAGACUCCAGUGGAAGUUUUGCCAAACUGAAUGGUCUCUUUGACAGCCCGGUCAAGGAAUAUCAACAGAAUAUCGAUUCUCCCAAAUUGUACAGUAACCUGCUGACCAGUCGGAAAGAGUUGCCUCCCAACGGAGAUACUAAAUCCAUGGUGAUGGACCAUCGGGGCCAACCUCCCGAACUGGCUGCUCUCCCCACGCCUGAGUCUACACCUGUGCUUCACCAGAAGACCCUGCAGGCCAUGAAGAGCCACUCAGACAAGGCCCAUGGCCAUGGGCCUUCAAGGAAAGAAACCCCACAGUUCUUCCCUGCUAGUCCACCACCCCAUUCCCCAUUAAGUCACGGGCAUAUCCCCAGUGCCAUUGUUCUUCCUAAUGCUACUCAUGACUACAACACGUCUUUCUCAAACUCCAAUGCUCACAGAGCUGAAAAGAAGCUUCAAAACAUUGACCACCCACUUACCAAGUCAUCCAGUAAAAGAGAUCACCGGCGUUCUGUGGAUUCCAGAAAUACCCUCAAUGAUCUCCUGAAGCAUCUAAGUGACCCAAACAGCAACCCCAAAGCCAUCAUGGGAGAUAUCCAGAUGGCCCACCAGACCCUAAUGCUGGAUCCUGUGGGACCUAUAUCUGAGGUCCCACCCAAGGUCCCUAACCGGGAGGCAUCACUAUACUCUCCUCCUUCAACUCUCCCCAGAAACAGCCCAACCAAGCGAGUGGACGUCCCCACCACUCCUGGAGUCCCAAUGACGUCUCUGGAAAGACAAAGGGGUUAUCACAAAAAUUCCUCGCAGAGGCACUCUAUAUCUGCAAUGCCUAAAAACUUAAACUCACCAAAUGGUGUUUUGUUGUCUAGACAGCCUAGUAUGAACCGUGGAGGGUACAUGCCCACCCCCACUGGGGCUAAGGUGGACUAUAUUCAGGGCACGCCAGUGAGUGUUCAUCUGCAGCCUUCCCUCUCCAGACAGAGCAGCUGUAUAAGUAAUGGCACUCUUCCUAGGACGGGACUAAAGAGGACACCGUCCUUAAAACCUGAUGUGCCACCAAAGCCUUCAUUUGUUCCUCAAACCACGUCUGUCAGACCACUGAACAAAUACACUUACUAGGUGUUAUUCUCCGUGUGGCUUUAUCCUGUCCAUGUUGUUGAGAGGAUGAUGUUGUAAGGGUACCUUAAGAUAAGAGACUCCCUUGUAUUUUAAGAGAACCAAGUGGCCAAAGAAACUCUUUCUAACUUUGGCAACAUCAGAACUUGCCACAUGUAGCUACAACAGCAAAGCUUCUGUGUACUUGCCCGAAAACAAAGGAAGGUGCUGGUCAUUCCAUUUCUUUUGUUUGAAGCUAAAGAGAUGUGUAGCUCCCAGGGGCUACCCCACCAGUAGAGAGAGCCGAUACAGUACUCAGAAGAAUCUGUGAGCAAAUACUUGAAAAUGGGUUCAACUUAGACUACCAUUGUGUGUGGUCUUCCCAUUAAAUGUGAACAUUUUAAUUGUAUGCAUUCACCUUGCCUCUUGCACAAAUGUCAAAAAACAAUGGUAAUGUCUCAAAGAAACGAACUUGUAGAUUACCAAACGAUUUGCUAAAAAUUCAGUCUUAGACCCAAACUGUAGCAUUUUUUUCAAGUGUGGCGUUUUUUUCAUGCCACCAAUGAACUGUGGUGCGUGUGCGUGCGUUUGUGCAUAUGUGUGUGUGAGUGUGUGUGUGUUCUCUACCCACUAGGAUUUGUUUUGGUGCCCAUUGCAUCUUUUUGUGCUAUGGACUUGUUUACAUUGAGCAUGACUGAACAAGAGACAAUAACUU